UUCUCCCUUGUAUGUUUGAAAUUUACAGUGCGAGAGCUUGUGGGUCACAUUGAGACGGGGUUGGAGCCAUGAUUACCAGAGUAUUGGGCCCGCGAUAUCAACAGCUGGCUAAAAACUGGGCCCCUAUAGCGGCCACAUGGGGCGCAGUAGGUGGAGUGGGAUUGAUCUGGGCUACGGACUGGAGGCUGUUUCUUGACUAUGUACCAUACGUGAAUGGCAAAUUCAAGGAAAAGUGAGAUCUGCAAGCAGUCCAAUGAUAAUAUGGAGUAGCUCGGCAUGAGGAGAUUCUUUUGACUUCAAGCAAGCCUUACUCUUACGUUUUAUGGCUUCUAUUGAUGCUCACUGGAAGAAGUUGUUAAUUUAUAAAUAAACACUGUUUUCUGAAAUAAAA